AUGGCUUUAGUUAGCAUCGGUACAGAGGAAGCGUUGAACAGUAUUAAUAGGAAGACAUUGCGCGAGUAUCUGCUAGCGAUGAAACAAAAAGAUGGCAGUUUCCGUGUGCACAAAGAUGGCGAGGUGGACAUUCGUGGUGCAUAUUGCGCUCUUGCAGUGGCAUCGAUAACGAAUAUGCUCGAUGAAGAGAUCUCAUCGAAUGUCGAA